AUGGGUACAGGAAAGAAAGAGGCCAGCCGCAAGGAGCGCCAGGGUAAGACCGGCGAUGGCAUGGGCAACGUCAAGGUCAAGGGCGAGAAUUUCUACCGCUCGGCCAAAAAGGUUAAGGUCCUCAAGCGCCUCACCGACGGCAAGGCCCAGCGCAACGCCGCCGGUGACAUCACAAAGGCCGCCUCGUACCAGUCGCGCGAGGCCCCCGUCGCCCGCGUCGAGCCCAACCGCAAGUGGUUCAACAACACGCGCGUCAUCUCCCAGGAUGCCCUCGACUCGUUCCGCUCCGCCGUCCAGGCCCAGGCCUCGGACCCCACCACCUUCCUCAUGAAGCGCAACAAGCUGCCCAUGAGCCUGAUUGAGGAAAAGGGCAACAUCAACGGCCUCAAGCAGCACGCCGCCAAGAUCGCCGUCUCCUCCCAGCCCUUCUCCGAGACCUUCGGCAACAAGGCCCAGCGCAAGAAGCCCAAGCUCGACUUCAGCUCCAUCGAGGACCUCGCCACCCGCACAGGCACCAUGCACGAGAGCUACCUCGACCGCCUCGAGCAGGCCAAGCUGCUGUCCGGCACCUCGGGCGAGCCCGACGAAGAGAACAAGGACGGCGACCUGGCCAGCGCCCGCGAGUUCAUCUUCAUGAAGGGCACCAGCAAGCGCAUCUGGAACGAGCUGUACAAGGUCAUCGACUCGAGCGACGUCAUCCUCCACGUCCUCGACGCUCGCGACCCCAACGGCACCCGCUGCCGCAGUGUCGAAAAGUACAUUCGCACAGAGGCCCCCCACAAGCACCUGGUCUUUGUCCUGAACAAGGUCGAUCUGGUGCCCUCCAAGGUAGCUGCUGCCUGGGUCAGACACCUCAGCAAAGAGUUUCCCACACUUGCCUUCCACGCCAACAUCAACAACUCCUUCGGAAAGGGCUCCCUCAUCGCCCUUCUCCGUCAAUUCUCCUCCCUCCACAGCGACCGCAAGCAGAUCUCCGUCGGCAUGGUCGGCUAUCCCAACACCGGAAAGUCGUCCAUCAUCAACACCCUGCGCAAGAAGAAGGUCUGUGUGGUUGCACCCAUUGCUGGCGAGACAAAGGUCUGGCAGUACAUCACACUCAUGAAGAGGAUCUACAUGAUCGAUUGCCCGGGUAUCGUGCCGCCGAACCAGGAGGACACAGACGAGGAUCUCCUGCUGAGAGGCAGUGUCCGAGUCGAGAACGUCGAGUACCCUUCACAAUACAUCCCCGCCGUGCUCAGGCGAGUGCAGCCAAAGUACUUGCAGCGGACGUACGAGCUGAAGGAGCCUGCUACUGAUUCAGUCACAUUCCUCGAGAUCCUCUGCAGAAAGAGCGGACGUCUUCUCAAGGGUGGUGAGGCUGACAUCGACGGCGCUGCCAAGAUGGUACUGAACGACUGGAUCCGUGGAAAGCUCCCUUGGUUCACACCUCCGCCAUACAAGGAGGGCGAGCAAGGCCCCGCGGUUGGUGUCGAGGGUCGUGAUGGUGCGCUGGGCGAGAUGAGCAAAAAGAGGAAACGCGGUGCCGAGGGUGAAGCUGCUACAAGCCUUGCUGCUACCGUAGACACCACCGGCGCGCCUCAGGACGAGGCUGAGAAGACCGAUGGCGAGUUUGAUGGCUUCAGCGACGACGAUAGCGCAGAGCUGGAUGACGAGGUUGACGAGGACGACGAUGAGGAUGAAGAGGCGGAUCUCGCUGGUGGCGUGUCUCUGGAAGCCCCCGAGGUCGAUGAUGCAAGUGAAGACGAUGAAGAUGUGGAAGCAGAUAUCGCAGCAAUAUCGGCAGCCUUAUCGAAGGCGAAGAAGCGGCAACGGAAGGCGUAG